AAUGUCAAGUGUUAAUUUAAUUGUAUCUUUUUAACCUUAAUUGUAACUGGUCUUGGAUGCGAAUUUGAAUUGAUUCUUAUUUAAAUUGUAAUUAUUUCGGUUGUUCAAUGUUUGCGCUUAGAAUUAUUUCAAUUUCUGGCGCCUGAGCAUCUUUUUCUUUUAUCUUCCUCUUCUUCUUCUUCUUUCUCUUCUUUCUCUUCUUUCUUUGUUUCUGGUUUAUCUUCCUCUCUCUCUUUUUCUCUUUUUCUCUUUCUUUCUCAAUCAUCUUCUUUCUUUUUUCAUCUCCCCUUCUCUUAAUCUCUUUCUCUUUUUUAAAGAGAGACUCUUUCUUUUCCUCUCUUACUGAGUCUCUUUCACCCCCGUGUAUUGAUUUGAUUCUCUUCUCUUUUACUUCUUCUUGUCAAACAUUUUCUUUUUAAUUUAAUUGUGUUCACCCGAGAUUAUUUUCUCAGUCUUCAAUUCGGAUGGAUCAGAACGGCCAGAAAAUUAAGAAUGUGCCUUGCCAACAAUGUGGUAAAUUGUUUGUCUCUGCGGAAAGGGCUAAGAUCCAUAUGAGAAAAGUCCAUGGUCCAAAGACCAGUGCAUGUGAAAUAUGUGGAACUGCUUUUUCUGAUCGAUGUAAACUGGUUGGCCAUAUGAGGACCCAUACAGGUGACAAGCCGUUUACCUGUGAUACAUGUGGUCGAGCUUUUUCUCAAGGAUAUCAUUUACGUCGUCAUCAAAUGAUCCAUACCGGAGAAAGACCAUUCGCUUGUGAAAUUUGUAACAGAGCUUUCUAUCGAAAAGAUAAAUUAAGUCGCCAUCGUCGUGUUCAUAUGAAUCCUGCUGCUAAAGCGAAUGCUAAUAACGCUAAGCAAGCAACUAGCACUGUUGCCACUGUGAAUAAUCCACUUCUCAACAAUCGAUUACCACAAACUGUUGGCCAAACACAAAUUCACGCCAAUCUUUCCACUUUUGCGCCAACUACCAAUCACAUUCAGACACAGAUCUUCCCAGUUUCGAUAGACGCUCAUGUGGCAGCUCGACUUCAGAGCCAACAAGCUUUACUCUCAAUGAUCAGCAAACAACAACAACAGCAACAGCAACAGCAGCAGCAACAACAACCCAGGGCAAUCUCUGGAACAUCAACAAUGACUAAUUGAUCUCAAAAGAGUCUCAUAAAUUGGAAUUAAUCUCUCUCAUUCCUGAAUCGUAUAUCUAGAGGAUUGAUGAUAAAUUUCACUCUUCGAAUCUUGAUACUUCUCAUCCAAUCUCAUUUUUUUUCGCUCUCACUUCUCUCACACUCUUCUAAUUAAUUUUUCUCUUUAAAUCUCACUUCUUCCUCUAAUCGACAAGAAUUUUUUGCUUUAAAGAAAAGUACAUAAUCCACCGAAUUUUUUUUUUCGUAUAUAUAUGUGACAAUUUUGAUUUUUUUGUUCGUUUUGACAUUUUUUGUUUCUACCCUCAACUACCUUUGCUAUAUACACAUCAAUACACCACCAACUUAAACACACACACACAAAAAACACCACAUACACAUAAAAGCAUUACAAGCAUUACCUCAUCAACUUUAAUUGCUAAUUAAUCACAUCAUGAAAUACAACUCCUGCUUUGAAAUGAUAAAAUGCUUUGACAAAUCCAUGUUUACAAUUAAGAAAAUAAUUAUUACAGUAAAAUGUACCCAAUAACUAAUUUGAACGAAAAGGAUAAAUUUUCGCAUCUCAAUACAAUCAAAUUAAUAAUUAAAUGUCUUGAUUCACCGUUGAUACGAAAGCGCAAACAAUUAACCCCCCAAUCAUUUGAGAUGAUUUUUUUAUUGUCACCAAUUUAAGUCAAUAUAAAAUGAGUCGUUUUAAUAAAUUAGAUAAUAUUGAAAAUGUA